GCUAAAGCUCUCCUCCUCCAACUCAGCUGCCAGUGUCUCCGCCAUCAGGCACUCAUUCACUGCAACCCCUUGACUCUGCAAGACACAGUGACCCAUCAUCCAGCUGCUAUGAAGAUUGCUCUGGGCCUCCUUGUUGUCUUCUCUCUGGCCUGUCACAGUGCUCUCUCUUGCUCUGUCUGCGAAGGCCGCGCCCUCAAGUGUCACACAUGUGUGGCCUCCACUGAGGAGGAUUGCAAUAAGCAGGGGUCCACUUCCUGCCCUCAGUACGCUGAUGCCUGUUCCACUAUUACAGGACCAAACACUGUAAUGAAGUCCUGCUCAUACAAGGCCUUCUGUGACAAGGCGCACAGCAGCAACUCGGGAGCCAAGAUGGAAUGUUGCUUUGGCGACGACUGCAAUGGGCCGCACCACAGCCACAGCCACGGCAACAGCUCACAAGCUCUGGCCUGCAGCCCAGUUGUCCUGAUGGCAGCCCUGCUGCUGCGCAUGGCCUUCAGUCAGCUGUGAAGUCAUCCACCACAGGAUGCUUUUCCGUCUGUUAUGUUAUAGCUCGGUGUAAAGGAGGGUUGCAUUUUCUGGGCGUUUAAGCAGAUGGCAACACCCUAAAGUGUGUCAAGAUGUUGAGAAAUGUUGAACAGGAGAAGGGCUUAUUACACUGCUAUGAGCUGCAUUCCAGCUGCCCCCUGUGUUUCAGAAUCCAAAUAAAAUGUAAGAAAAAAAACUUUUUUGAAGAACAGUAUAUGAUUUCAGAUUAUUUAAAUGUGAAAAUGCGAAUAUUUGAGGUAAAUAUUAAUGAAUUUAGGAUAUAGUUCUGAUAGCUGCUGUAGUUAACCACUCACUCUUAGAACCUCAUUAUUCUGUUGUUGCCAUGGUUAUUUAUAUAUUUUUGUGCUGGGACUCAUGUCUGCAUAAAAACCUAUAAUCAGA